UCCUUCCUCCCCCAACUCCUGCUCCUCUAUACUCUCCUUGGAUUGGUUGCAGCCAGGAUCGAUUCCUUCCGCCGCCGCGCCGCCAGCCGUUUCCUCCCGCCGCCACUUCCCCGGCGCACUACCCAUCCAACGCCCCCGGCGCGUUCUCCAGGCGAUCGUCUUUCGUCGGCGGCGCGAUGGCCUCGGCGGCGGCGGCGGCGGCGCUGUGGCAGCCGCAGGAGGAGGGGCUACGCGAGAUCUGCGCGCUCCUGGAGGCGCACAUCUCCCCCAACUCCGACCAGGCGCGCAUCUGGCAGCAGCUCCAGCACUACAGCCAGUUCCCGGACUUCAACAACUACCUCGUCUUCCUCCUCGCCCGCGGAGAGGGAAAAUCUUUUGAAGUAAGGCAAGCUGCUGGCCUUCUAUUGAAAAACAAUCUGCGAGCGGCUUUCAUUUCCAUGCCGCCUCCAUCUCAGCAAUACAUCAAGUCUGAGUUGUUGACAUGUAUAGGGGCAACUAAUAGGGCAAUUAGAUCCACAGUUGGAACCGUUAUCAGUGUGCUUUUUCAAAUUGUUCGAGUCGCUGGAUGGGUUGAGUUGUUCCAGGCUCUACAUCAAUGUUUGGACAGUAAUGAUCUGGAUCAUAUGGAGGGUGCUAUGGACGCUAUCUACAAGAUAUGUGAGGAUGUUCCUGAAGAGCUUGAUGUUGAUGUUCCUGGUCUGUCCGAAAGACCAAUCAACGUAUUCAUGCCAUGCAUGCUGCAGUUUUUCCAGUCUCCACAUGCAAGUCUUAGAAAACUAGCACUGGGCUGUAUCAAUCAGUAUAUUGUGGUGAUGCCAUCGGCUCUGUAUAUGUCGAUGGAUCAGUACCUUCAGGGCUUAUUCAGCCUUGCGAAGGAUCCUUCACCAGAUGUUCGGAAACUGGUUUGUUCGGCCUGGGUUCAGCUCAUUGAAGUGCGGCCAUCAAUUUUGGAGCCACAUUUGAAAAAUGUUACCGAAUUGAUCCUGCAAGCUAAUAAAGAUUCAGACGACGAAGUUGCUCUUGAGGCUUGUGAAUUCUGGUCCGCAUACUGUGAUGUCAGCAUGCCUCCUGAAGGAUUGCGGGAGUUCUUGCCACGCUUAAUCCCAACUUUGGUGUCGAAUAUGAUCUAUACUGAUGAUGACGAAUCACUUGCUGAUGCUGAGGAAGAUGAAUCUUUCCCGGACAGGGACCAGGAUCUGAAGCCCCGCUUCCAUGCAUCUCGAUUACAUGGAUCUGAAACUGGAGAAGAUGAUGAUGACGAUGACGCUAUAAAUGCUUGGAACUUGCGCAAAUGCAGUGCUGCUGGGUUGGAUGUCCUCUCUAAUGUUUUUGGUGAUGACAUUCUUCCUACUUUAAUGCCUCUGAUCCAGCAAAAUUUGGGCCGUACAGAUGAUGAUGCCUGGAAGGAGCGGGAAGCUGCUGUUUUGUCUAUUGGUGCUAUAGCAGAGGGUUGCAUUACUGGAUUAUAUCCCCACCUUCCGCAGAUUGUUGCUUUCCUAAUCCCACUUCUUGAUGACAAGUUCCCUCUUAUACGGAGUAUUACUUGUUGGACCCUCUCUCGAUAUAGCAAGUUCAUUGUUCAGAGCCUUGGCCAUCCGAACGGUCGUGAACAAUUUGAUAAGAUUCUCAUAGGUUUGCUCAGAAGGAUAUUAGAUACCAACAAAAGAGUGCAGGAGGCUGCUUGUUCUGCAUUUGCAACACUUGAAGAGGAGGCUGCAGAAGAAUUAGUGCCCCGACUGGAUAUUAUUUUGCAGCACCUCAUGUGUGCAUAUGGGAAAUACCAGAGGCGAAACCUUCGGAUACUCUAUGACGCUCUUGGUACUCUUGCUGAUGCUGUUGGAGCAGAGCUAAACCAGACGAAAUAUCUAGAUAUUUUCAUGCCUCCAUUAAUCAUGAAGUGGCAGCAACUUCCCAACUCCGACAAAGAUUUAUUUCCACUGCUUGAAUGCUUUACAUCUAUUGCACAGGCACUGGGACCAGGAUUUUCUCAGUUUGCUGAACCAGUAUUUCAGAGGUGCGUCAGUCUUAUCCAAUCCCAGCAGUUGGCAAAGGUUGAUCCUGCUGCAGCUGGUGUGUUAUAUGAUAAGGAAUUCAUUGUCUGUUCGUUGGACCUGUUGUCCGGACUUACAGAAGGACUUGGUGCUGGUAUUGAAAGCCUGGUUGCACAAAGCAAUUUGAGAGAUCUACUUCUGCAAUGCUGUAUGGAUGAAGCAGCUGAUGUUCGACAAAGUUCUCUAGCACUUCUUGGGGACCUUUCUAGGGUCUGCCCUAUACAUUUGAAUCCACGUCUUCAAGAAUUCCUUAAUGUUGCAGCGAAGCAACUGACCCCACAAUCUGUGAAGGAUGCCGUGUCAGUCGCUAACAAUGCUUGCUGGGCCAUCGGAGAAUUAGCAAUCAAGAUUGGCAAAGAAAUUUCACCUGUGGUGAUCACUGUUGUGUCAUACCUGGUUCCUAUUCUAACAUCCCCAGAGAGCUUGAAUAAGUCACUGAUAGAAAAUAGUGCGAUCACUCUUGGGAGGCUUUCCUGGGUCUGUCCAGACAUUGUGGCCCCUCACAUGGAACAUUUCAUGCAAGCUUGGUGCAAUGCUUUGUGCAUGAUAAGAGAUGAUUUUGAGAAAGAGGACGCAUUCCAUGGCCUAUGUGCAAUGGUGGCAGCAAACCCAACAGGGGCUGUGGGUUCACUAACUUACGUGUGUCAGGCCUGUGCAAGUUGGAAUGAGAUAAAAAGUGAAGGUUUACACAAUGAAGUGUGCCAGAUUUUGAAUGGCUACAAGCAGAUGCUUGGGAGUGCUGGUUGGGAACAGUGUAUGUCCACCCUAGAACCAGCAGUGGUGCAGAGAUUAGCGAGAUAUGGUGUCUGAUGAUGAAUUUCGGUAUACAACCGGAGAGGCAAACAGCAGAAAGGGCCAAGUUUUACUGUGGGUUGCAUGAGAUUGGACGAUGUCACGUGUAGCUACAUUGUUGUUUGAUUCUGCCUGGGUCUUUGGUUGGUUGGUGUGUUGUAUACUCACUCUGGUGGUUUAUAUAGUCCCACACAGCUCAAAUGCACGGUGACAAUUGAGUUAGGAUGUUUUUCGUUGGCAUAUUUGAGUCGAGUCGAAAAGGGAGGCUAUGGUAUGUGUCAUAUAGGACUUGGGGGGUCGGUCAAUUUGUAUUGGCUGGGUUUCAGUGGGGUUGGUUUUGUUGUCACCCCAGCGGCAAACAAUGCGAAAAGAGUUUUGUUAGCGUGUAUUCUAUUAUGGGGAGAUGAGAGUAGGUCUAGGGUUUGAUGAUUUUUUUUUUGUUAUGCUUGAAAAGGGUCUCGUCCUUGUAUUGUUAAUUCAUUACCAUCAAUAAAAAAGAUAGGACAAAGUCUUGAAUUGCUCU